CCGCUCUUCGGUGAUUUAUGACAUAAUGCUCGUGGUGUGUAUUGUGAAAAAUACAUCGUGUGUGUCGAGUCAAAACGGGUGCUCCGCUCCAUGUUUUACCACAACCCGCCAGCUUUAAGGGAACGGCAAGCAAAACAAACAGGUCGACAGAAGAAAGAUAUCGGUUGCCGGUCGGUUGUUCGGUCGGUCGGACAGAGAGGUUAUUUAGCGAAGUCCAUUUGCAUAUUGUAACGGUUCAUUGGUUCGGUGUCCUGAACAUGCGCGCUCACGCCGGCUGAAAGAUGUGGAUGCGGUUCAUAUCUGUGGUGAUGAUGUUGUCGUAUUAUUCGCAUGUACGGCCCAUGAUGACGGUCGGUCCGAUUAUGUUUUGUCAACGUGACAUUUCUUUUUUUUAAAGCGGCAUUGCUGUGCAACGAUCGAAGUACUUAUAUUUGUGCAUUUCAUUGAUAUAUCAACUAUGCAUACGCGGCGGCUGGUGAAGCGCUCGGUCAUUGGGAGCCGCGUGUACGCGCCGGGUUUAACGGGAGACGCGGCUCCGCUCACGGGAGUGAUCCAGGCUGUCAAACAAGACAACAGAGAUGCUUCAACCGGCCAUCGGCGUAACGUGUACACGGUGCUCAUGCAAGACGGGAGCUUGAAAGAGUACUCGGAGGAAGAGAUUGCACAGAUGACUGCGAAAGCACCGCUGAAGUCGAGCUUGAAGAGCACCUGUAACGGUGGCCAGCGGGACUGGCCCACGCAGGGCCAGAAUGGAGGUGUGCCGAGAGGAGAGGCGCCCUCCCUCAGCCCGGAGAGCAUAGAGGAGCCACGGGUGCUGGAGCACAAGCGAACGGGCCGGGCGCUGGAGCCGGAGAAGGAUAACACCCGCUCCAUUUCUCUGCUGGAACAGAAACGCAAGGUGGUCUCUUCCAGCAUCGACGUACCACAAGCCAGGAAAUCCGAGGAGGAGGUGGACAUGGACAAAGUGACGGCUGCCAUGGUGUUGACCAGCCUGUCCACUAGUCCUCUGGUGCGGAGCCCUCCUGUAAAAGUUAGCGAGGGUCUAAAUGGCUCCUGGAAGGACGGAGGUUUCACUCCAUCAAGUUACAGCAGCAGUGGAUACUGGAGCUGGAGCGCACCCAGUGACCAGUCCAACCCGUCCACGCCAUCCCCGCCCCUGUCCGCUGACAGCUUCAAACCCUUUCGGAUGCCCAGCCACAACGGCCCGACAGACGACAACAUCGAUGAGCAUGACGGCAACAGCUUGCUGUUCGACGAACCCAUCCCCCGCAAACGCAAGAACUCCAUGAAGGUGAUGUUCAAGUGUCUGUGGAAGAACUGCGGAAAGGUCUUGAGCACAGCCGCCGGGAUCCAGAGGCACAUUCGAACCGUCCACCUGGGGAGGAAUUGUGACUCAGAGUUUAGUGACGGUGAGGAGGAUUUCUACUACACCGAGAUUAAGCUGAACACAGACUCUGUGGCGGACGGUUUGAGCAGUCUGUCUCCUGUGUCCCCGUCUGUUCUGUCUCCCCCGCCGGGUUUGGACCAGAGACAGCCGGAUGGCACUAACGGGGUGAAGAAUGAGAACAGCACCACCACCCCUCUCAGUCGCUCCGCUCCAAGCGCACUCUACCUAGUGCACACAGACCACGCCUACCAGGCCACAGCCCCUGUUACCAUCCCCUCCACCAGCUCCACUGGCUUCACCCCCUCCAGCAGCAGUUUCAGUAUCUCCUGGCAGUCCCCGCCUGUCACUUUCACUGGCACCUCUGCGUCUCCCACUCACAGCCGAACGCAGGGCUUUGGGGAGCAGCGCUCUCAGACCAUCGCAGUGCUCUCGUCUCCCCCGAGAGCUGCAGGCUCACUCAGUAGGAAGUCACGAGGCGAGGGGAAGAAGUGUCGUAAGGUGUACGGCAUGGAAAACAGAGACAUGUGGUGCACGGCCUGCCGCUGGAAGAAAGCCUGCCAGAGAUUUGUUGACUGAAACCGCUGAUGACUGGGACACGAAAACAGGGUGGGCUUCCUUUUGCAUGCAUAGCAUAAUGAAACACGUCCCUUCUCUUCGUUACUGACCACAGACCCACCCUGCCUCACCUUAAACCCAUGUGGACUUCAGGGGUCAAACCCUUAUGCAUUUCCUCCAAAACCAACAGACGCACUCAAGGCGAGUUGCUU